AUGAAUAGAAGAGCUGGUAUCACCGUUUUCCCUGUGCUGCUUUAUGGAUGCGAAACAUGGAGCACCACUGUUGCAGAAGAAAAGAAACUAGCUGUUACGCAACAUUCAAUGGAGAGACGAAUGUUGGGUGUCAACAGAGCACAACGUAUAUGCAACAAUAAGCUUCGAUUGCAUUUUGGGGUGAAAGAUAUGAUAGACGAGAUGUAUGCAAGCAAAAUAAGCUGGACCGUUCACGUAGCUAGAAUGAUUAACAAAAGAUGGACGAAACGCGUUAUCGACUGGUACCCACGACGUGUAAAAAGGCCAGCAGGAAGGCCACCGAUGCGCUGGUCCGAUCCGCUAACUCGAUUAUACGGGGUACCGCAGAUGAGGCGAGCUCAACUCGGUGGCGUGGUUGUUGGCUCAGUCACUGGAACAGAUCAGCAGCGCCUGAAGUGGACUAAAAAUCCUCUCCUCAAACUAUGCCUUGGAAAAGUAAACGAAGAAGCACAAAUUUUCCUUGUCUUCGAUUUGUUUCGCGACCAAAAUGUUUGUGGAUUUAAAUUUGGCUUCUUGAGGAAGAAGACAGCAAAGACACCUCCGAGGCCAAGAACAAGAAGCCUGCGACAGGAUGAGCAUUUCUUGCUUUCGAGACGAGAGCCAUACGAGGACCACGAUACCCCUCGCGAUUCGGUAUCAUCACCUUCGCGUCCAGUGCCCCUUUUGAGGCGAAUGCUUGAUCCACGAGUCGCAAGCGGUCGUAAUUCGGUGGCACGUGCAGCGCGUGUUGCCAGGAGACAGUCAUCAACAUCGUCAUCGCCAGCAGCGGCAACAUUAGCACCGCAUCGUAGUCCAAAGAAAUUGCAGGAUGUGCAUUUGCAGCGAAAAACUAUUAAGUCGCUGUUUGCCAGCGAUCCACUGAUCGAAAAGCGCCUGAAAGCUUCGCGUCUCGGUACGGUACGCAGUGGCGUGAAAAAUCAGUUCAGCACCUCGCCUCUAAAG